UAUAUCUAGAUUUAGAUACACUAACAUGUUUACUUUUUUUUGUAGACUGUUAGUGUUACAUUCUAGUCAUGGUGUGAUGAUGUGUUACUUUGUAGAUCUAAUAUAGAACCCUAAAUCUAGGAAUAUAUUUUAAAUUUCACUAGAUACAGGAUCACACCUUUAAGCAAUGAACUCUGUCAAGCGAAAUGAGUCAGACAACGCCUUUGCAAUUUCAGCCUCAGCCACCUCUACUUCCCAAAACUACUGGUGGGAAACGCGGUCCAUCAGCUCCAAUUUCCAUACCAUCUCUGGCUAAUAAUGAUGAUGACAGUGACCACAGUAUAACAGACCACUCACCUCCUGUUCAGAACAGAAAUUCAACCUUUGAGCUACCAGCUAAUAUUAACAAACAAAAUAGCUUAAUACUUUUGACAACCUCGACAAAAAGCCCAAGAGGGCUUAUUGGUCCUAAAAAGUAUGGGACUUCUGUGGCUAGUCCAAGAGUUUUAAACAACAACACAAUCGGAACAUUCAAUUUGAAUCACAACACUUCAUCGUUUAGCACAUCUCAUACCUCAACACCCACUUCAUACAUCAUUCUUAGCAACACCAACAAUGCUGUGUUUAGCUUCAACACUGUUAACAGCAUCAACACCACCAGUAACCACAAUGACAACAGUGGUAAAAUCUCUCAGAACCCACCCACUAAUGUCAAUGUGGGGGCUUCACUGUUGUCAUCAACAAACACAAGUAACAGUGAUAAUGUAAUCCCUUGCAUUACAAACAGCAAUGAAAUUAACGUGUUGGAACAGGCUUCUGACCUGAAUGACUGCACUGCCACUACAAGUGAUAACCCAAACAGUCCUGAAGUGGGAUCCAGUAGUCCUUCGGCUGCGUUUGCAUAUGAGCAUGACCAUGAUUAUGAUAACAUAGCCUCCCCAUCAAGUAGCACAUCUAGCGGGCCUAUUUAUGUCAGACCCCCAGGUUUUAAACAUCAUGCGCAAGAAAUCGUCGCUCCUUCACUGACUAACAGUUUAAAGAAGAAAAAAAGUUAUGCAACAUUCAGCACUUUAAAAGAAGGUUUUAAAAAAAGAGAGGCAACCCCUCCAAAGCUCAAACCUAAACGAGAGCCCUUGCCCAUGAAGUUACGAGCUCUGCCACAGUCCUUUUGGCAACAGCCCAAUGUGGCACAUCAGGUGUCCCCAUCCACACUUUUUCCUGUGUUGCCACCACUGCAGAACAGAGAAACAGAGGACACAUUAAUGGAUGAGCGCCCAAUCACACCCCCAGAAGAGAAGGACACCACGAGAAAAACUUCGCAGAUUCCCGAACGGAAGCUGACAGUGGCCAACACUGACCUUUUGUUUAAAUUGUUUGAAUGUAUCAGUGAAGAAAAAACUAAAACACAACCAGUCACCAAGACCAGAGCCCAGCCCAAGUCACGUAAAUUAGUUCCUAAAAGUAACACCAAAGGACUUUUCUUGGGCAAUGAUCCCUACAUGGUGGAUGCUGUGACUGAGAAAAUAUUUCCUCAGCUGACCCUGGAGGGGUCCAGACAUUCAGGGGGAGGCAACACUUCGUUGCAGCUCAUCACCUUCAAAGAAGGAGACAAAACAGUGACACUGCCCUCCCUUAGCAUGGAACAGAACUAUCCCCAGAUGUUGUCAGAGCUGGUGAUGCACAUUUAACAUUCAGGUCUGCUGCUCAUCUCAGCAGUGACUGAUUUUGACUUGAAAUGGCCCUAAGAUAUUAGAGAUACAGACCUCCAGGUAUUACCUGUCUUUGCUAAAUAUUUCUUGUGGGCCAUAGCUUGUGUUGUGUUAUAGGCAAAUCCUGCAUUGUUCAUCUGAGACACAGGAAGUAAGUAGUGGGCAAAUGGAGUGUUUUGUUUUAAUUCCAUGUGAUUUCUUACAGAUGUAAUGCAGAUGUCAUACUGGCAGAUCUACACAAGCUUUGGUAUUCAUUUAUACAUUUAAAAACAUAUAAGCAUAUAGAAAUUCCUAGUUUCCAAUGCCAAAACUAACAAUAGGCCGAAGCAGGACGUUUUGGCGACGCCGUUUUGGCCCCGCCGUUUUGGCGCGAAGGUCGUUUUGGCAACGGGGCGUUUUGCCGCGAAAUACAUAAUGUACGUUUAUUGUAUUAUUUCUUUUAAAAGAAUUAUUCAUAUCUAUGUUUCGCAUGAGUGUUUGUGUUAAGACAUAUUUUUCACGUACUAAAUGUAAAUGUGUGUUUGUUUUUCACAUCGUUUUCUUUAAUAAACAUUUUGGCUUGUGUAUGUGUGUUUAUUAAGAGGCACACUUUUAUUUUUAAAAAAGUUUUUUUAAGAUAUUACUUUAAAAUUAAAAACAAAAUGAAAGGAUGAUAGACUAAAAAUUGAUGCAAUUAUUUGUUUACAUUAACAUUGGUUUAUUUAAUGACUGUAUGGUAUCUCCAGCUAUACAUACCAAACACUUGCUAAUAAUAAGUAAAAAUAUAAUGCAUGUACCAUGUUUCUCAAAAUACUUUAAGUGAAGUAUACAUAGACACCAUGGUUAUUCGCCUAAGUCGCUGGAAUUCAAGGGUUCAUUAAAAAAAAGCUACGUGCUUAUUAAAUUAUCGUCAAAUGAUAUCUCGCGCCAAAACGUCCCGUCGCCAAAACGGCUCACGCCAAAACGUCCCGUCGCCAAAACGGCGUCGCCAAAACAGCGUCGCCAAAACGUCACGUACCGCAAUGGGCUACUUAAAACAGCUAAACUAGAUGUUUAGAUCUAGAUCUGAUUCACUAAAACACAAUCUUUAACAAUGAUUAAUAUUGUUAAUGUUUAAAAAUGUUUGUAUAAACAAUUUUUUUUCCAAGAUAACACUCCAGCAAUUUUUAAUGUGUUUAAUUGUUUACUUUUUGUCUCUCAACAAAUGAUUACAAAUAUUCAGAGGAGCUACGGUUCUUGUUUUAGAAAUAUAUUUUGUUAAUUUACUUUUUUUUUUAUAUAUAAUUUUUUUGUUGGUAUUUUUUUUAUGUAUAAGAUUUUUAUAAUUUAUUGUAAGGUUAAAAUCAUUUAUAUUUUUUUGAGAUUUUGUUUCAUCAUAUAUCACAGUUACUUUAAAGUAAUUAAAUGAUCUUUUUCUUUUACCGCCAUUACAUCAAUACAUUUUACUUGACCUACUUUCUAGUUCCCCAAUCCAAGCAUUGUAAUGAGCUCUUUUUCCUUUAAAAAACUUAUAAAUUGGUUAUAAUUAUUAUAUAAUGAACAAAAGCCACUAAAGCCAGGGAAGUAAAUUGUGUUUACAAUAAAUAUAUUUGUAUAAAUUAAAACUAUUUAUAGUUUUGCAGUAAAUGAAGGUUUUAAAUUUUCUUUGAGAUUUUUGUUGAAUAAAAGUCUCUCUUAAGACCAUUUUUUUUUUUUGUAAAGUCUGGCUUCAUGCAUAAAGAUGUGGGGCACUACAAGCUGAAAUUAUAGUCUCCUACCAUAUCUUGAUAAGGUGGCUGCCUUGUUCAUGUGGCAGGCCUAUGACCCUGGACUGCCAUCUAAAUGGUCCUGGGUUUAAACUCUGCCCAUCCCUAUCCUUGAUGUCCUGUGGCAGGUUUUGGCGAGGAUGUAAUAAUCUUUAAUUCUGAAGGAACAUCCAAAACAUGCAAAACAAGCAUAAAAAUAAAAAAUCUGUUAAAAAAAACAAAUGAAUUUAAGUGUACUUCUGCCCAACUUAUGCACCAAUACAAUAUCUAUAUACAUCAGCCGGAAUCCCAAUACUGGCUUCUGUUAAUUGGAUAACUAAAUGCAAUGAUACAGUUACAAACACUAAAGCAUGUAAUCCUGUUCCCCUCCUGAAAUGCCUAACUAUUUAAUACAUCAGUUUUGGGACUUUCAGUUUCAUAGCUGUGCACAUUACAGCUUGACCAUCUUAUGUUAAAGUUAAAUAUUUAAGAUCACUAAAAUUUUUAAUAAUCUGCAGAAUAUUUUAUGUGUACAAAUGUAAAAAAAAAGCUAUUUCUGUGAUAGUAACAUAUUAAAAUGUCUUUAAUCUUUAUAUGCCUGUAUUUAUGCUAUUGGCAUUUUGCAUUCUAUUUGUGUGUGUGUUUGCGAAUGUAAAAGCUGAGAGUGAUGUAAGUCAAACAAGUUGUGACUUUGUGUUUGUUAAUUGUAUCUCAUGAUGUUUUUGUUUUUGAGUAUAAUUAUUAUGACUUCACAUUCCAGAAGCAUAAAUAAAUUGCAUACUAAACAUUCCAGUACCUGUACAUAAAAAUAUUUAAACUCUUAUUAUAUAUUUGUGUUGUACAUUUUAUUUAUAAUUUCAACAAAAAAAUUAGCUUGAGUUUUUCAUGCUAUAUGCAGCCGUCCAUUCAAAAUUUUCAUCUUUUAUUUAUUUAUUUUUUAAUUUUAUUUACUCAACAUUUACAAAAAAAUAUAUUUAUAAAUAUUGUACAAAUGUUUCUAUUUUAAACAUGGAAAUAUUUUGUGACAAAUUUUCAGCUUUUUCAUAACUAUAUUUACUGUUCUUACUUGGUAUUUCGAUUUUUCGCUUUUGCCGUUUCUGCUUUUAUACGUAAGUAAGAUUCAAAGUAAAUAUUUGAGGGUUUUUUUUUAGAACAAAACAAGGAGCUGAUGUUUGUUACAAUAUGAAAAGUCAUUUACUUAGAAUUUUUAAACAUGUGAUUUGAAAACAUUUCACUAAAUAUUUAUUUUACAAGCCAGCAUAUUUUCAUUUUGCCGUCCAUAUUGUUCGAUGUCUAGUUUAUUUAUUGCUUUUAAUUAUAGACAUUCCAUCUUUUUAAAAAAUAAUUAUUGUCCGAAUUGUAUGUGUAUUUAUAUAACAAUAUUAAUAUAUGUAUUUAUUUAUAGUUACUUAAUGGACCUUCACAAUGUUUCUUUUUCCUUUUUUUUUUUUAUUAAAUUCAAUCUGAGGUUUUACUUUCAAAUGAAUUGAAGAUUUACUUUAAAUUUCAUCCAAUGUUUUAAUUUAAAUUUUAUCUAAGUUCUCUUCAAAGAAAAUCAGAUUUAUACCAAUUGAUUUUAUAAUCUAAAAAUUAAACAUUAUUUUGUUUUAAUGAUCUACUACAUAUAAAUUCUAUUUUAAAUAUGAAUAAUAAUUCUAUUCGCCUUAAAUGUUUAGAGAAAAAACAUUCUUGAAAGUGUAAGGGAAAUGGAAUUUUUAAAAUGUUUUAUAUUGUUGUGAAAGAAAACAUUCAUUUAUUAUGGAACAGCAAACCCAACUCAUAUUUAUAUAAAGGAGUCUUCUUCUUACAAAGCAAACACUUGACCUUAUGUUCAACAUGAACAAAAUCGAAAUUUCACUUUUAAGUAUUUAUUUUUAUUGCACUGUAUUGAUCAUGAAACAUACCCAAAUUUUCAAAACUUUAGCUUUGAAAAAAAAAAUGUUUAAACUAGGACUGCAGAGUUCAUAAAGAUUCAAUAAGACAAAACUAAAUCUAGGCCACUAGUUAGAAAAGAAUCCUAAAUGAAGGCAACUAGGUAACUAGAUCAUAAAUAGGUAAAGGUUCUUGAGAAAGUACUUCAGUUUUCUCUUUGAAGAUUUGUAGGUCACCAUUUUGAAUUUAUUAAUUAAAAGAAAAGUUUAAAAAAAAUUUGAGUCAAUCUUUAGUUUAUGCAGUGAGAUUUGAAACUUAGUAGCAAAUACUCCUUAGCUUCCUAUUAAGGGGGUUUGUUUUUUAAUCGUGACUUGUACUUAUUUGUAUUUGCUGAGUACUCAAAGGCAGCAUGAAAACCUUCUCCUUAAAAAAAAGAAUGGACCAUAGCACAAGGGCCAUACUAUAGCACUGAAGAAGUGCAAACUCAAUGAAAAAAAAAGUUUAAGAAUAUAACAUAAAAUUAUUGAUCUUAUCUUGCUAAAUUUUCUUCUGGCCUUCAAAUUUUUCAAACCUGUACAGAUAAGAGAGAGACUGCAGUAUUUUACGAAAUGCUAAGAGGAUUAAGUCUUUGCUUACUAAGACUAGAGAAGAUUAUCUAACCUGUGUUCAUGCUGGUUCUUUCAAUUCAUGAAUAGUUCAGAGUAUGAUAGCAUUGAAUGUGUUAAAAUAUUAUUACAAUCAUGUUGACAUUGUAUUUGUUUAAAAAGAUUUAUGUAUUUAUUACCAGUGUGAUACUUUGUGAUAGAGCUAUUUACAUUACAAUGUUAAAACAUUGGUCUAAUAGGUCUCUUUAUUGGUUAUCUCCCUUAAUAAAAGCCUUUCACCCAAGACAAUAAUGUAGAUAUGAUUUUCGAUUUAAUUUUAUCAAGAUUCAAGCUACUCGGAUUACAGUAAAUGCCUUAAUUAAUUAUCUACAUUAGUAUCUGAAUCCUUCAACAUGAGAAGACAGAAGUUCCUAUACUUUUUUUUCAUAAGAAUAUUCCUCAAAUUUUUAGAACAGUUGCUGUCUAGUCUCCUUAAUAAUAAUUAAAGUGAGAUUGACUAUGUUUACUGAAUAAAAGUUAGAUCAAUAUAAGACAUUGUGAACCUUUGCUAAAUAAAUCUCACUAUUCAGAUGUGAUAUUGGUCUCAUCACUUAAAAGUGCAUGAUUCAUCAAGUUAUCUCAUCAAAUAGCACACUUGUAUAUACUAUUGCAGUGAUAUAUUAUUUUAGUGUCUUUUUAGUUUGUACUCAAAUAGCAUGAAAGAUCUGAAAUAAAAAUGUUUUUAAAAGCCA